CUCUCGUGCUUAAGCCUGUUCGCCUCUGGAAACCAACGACUCGCCAACGGCGGACCGGUGUACAUCACUGCUUCGACCGCAGAAACUUUGCUUAACAUCGGCCUCACAGGCACCUCAACCAGUGCGGCCCGUUUUCGACGCCAGCCCAGGAAUCAGAAGACGGAGCACCGCGGCCCAGGAUGGACGCGGCGACGGGUUCGGCGCCGGUGCUGGGCGCGGUGGACUACGCGGUGUUCGGCGGCAUGCUGCUGGUGAGCGCCGCCAUCGGCGUCUACUACGGCUUCUUCGCGCGCUCCUCCGGCGCCGACGCCUACCUGGUGGGCGGCCGCUCCAUGAGCACCAUCCCCGUGUCCCUGUCACUCAUCGCCAGCUUCAUCUCGGGCAUCACGCUGCUGGGAAUGGCCACGGAGUCCUACCUGUACGGCGUCCAGUACAGCUACAUCUGCCUGGCGGUGCUACUCAGUGGAGUGGUGAGCGCCUUCGCCUUCCUGCCCGUCUUCCACGACCUGGGCAUAACUUCCGCCUACGAGUAUUUGGAGAUGCGGUUUGGCAAGAGUGUGAGACUGCUGGGCUCUUUCUUCUUUAUGGUUGGUGUGACGUCCUGGAUUCCUAUAGUCGUCUACGUUCCUGCGAUAGCGUUUAACCAAGUUACUGGUGUGAACAUGCACAUCGUGUCCUCUGUGGUCUGCCUCGUGUGCAUCUUCUACACGUGUGUGGGAGGUCUGAGGGCGGUGGUGUGGACGGACGCGGUGCAGACGCUGGUCAUGUUCGGCGGGGUGGUGCUGGUGGUCGUCAAGGGCACGCUCGACGUCGGCGGCUUUGGCGUCGUCUGGAGCCGAAACGUGGACUCUGGCCGCAUCGAGCCGCCGCUGCUGGACUGGAACCCGACGGCGCGGCUGUCUCUGGCCAGCGUGCUGGUGGGCGGCACCGUGCACUUGAUGGCCAUCGCCAGCGUCGACCAGAUGAUGAUGCAGCGCUACCUGUCGCUGCCCACGCUCGCCAGGGCCAGGCUAGCUCUGUGCGUCUUCACCGUGGGAGUCAUGAGCCUGGUCCUGCUAAGCACUUACAGCGGCCUCCUCAUCUUCGCCAGAUACUACGACUGUGACCCACUCACCACCAAGAUGGCGAGCGCCAAGGACCAGCUGCUGCCGCUGCUGGUGGUGGACUCCUUGGGCGGCCUGCCAGGGUUACCGGGCCUGUUCGUGGCCAGCGUCUUCAGUGCGGCGCUCAGUUCCAUGUCGACGGCGCUGAAUUCCACGUCUGCCGUGGUGCUGGAGGACUUCUUCAAAACUUUCUUCCCGUCCCGCCGGCUGUCGGAGCGGCAGACCGACCUGCUGAUGAAGGCGGUGGUCGUCGUGAUGGGAGCCGUCUGCACCGGCCUCGUGUUCGCCGUGGAGAGGCUCGGAGCCUCCGUCCUGCAGAUCACCAUUUCAUUUGCAUCUAUAACCACUGGUCCAAUACUGGCACUAUUCACCGCUGGGAUGUUCCUGCCAUGGGUUAACACGAUGGGGGCGCUGGCGGGAGGCUUGGGUGGCGCCGGGCUCAUGUCGUGGCUGAUCCUGGGCGCCCAGGCGUACCAGGCCAGCGGGGACAUCCGCUUCGCCACCAAGCCCUUCUCCACCGAGGGCUGCCUCUACGAGUUCGACCGCGCCAACAACGGCUCCGUCGCCGUGCCUGCGGAUUACCGCAGCAGCUGGGUGUGGCCGGUGUUCGCUGUGUCGCACGUGUGGUACACGGCGCUCGGCUGGCUGCUGGCGCUCGCCGUGUCUCUGGCGGUGAGCGCCGCCAGCGGGGGCUGGGGCAGCAGCCGCGCCCACUGGCCACAGCCGCGCCUCCUCAGCCCGCUGGUGCGUCGCUGGCUGCCAGCAGGACCACCGCACCGCGACUACAAGGUGGUUGAGCUGCGGAUAGUACAAGCGAAAGAAGACAAGGGAACAACGAAUCAUGUCGAAUGAAGUUACGGGCUAUAUCUCCUUAGAAAUGUACUGUGUUUAUAUUUGCUAUCCCAAACGAGAACAUCACCAUCACCCUUCUGUGUCCUUAUGUAGAGUAUAUGCCACAUCAAACUUUUUUUUUCUAACUCAGGGAAUAAACUAAACUUUCUGUGUGUCUGAUUGUGGCAUAUACUUUACAACAUUUGUCUUCUGUCAUCACUUCUUUUCGUUCCUACAUGUUCUUAUGGGGUAUCGUAAUCUGUUUGAAGUAAGCUGAUUAUUGCAAUAUCAGCAUGUGUUCAAGAAAUAAAGGUAAUUUCUAAUGG